CCGUGUGGGCACAGAAGUUACUUCUGGCCCGCCUCCCUGUGCAUAAAAGUCUAACUGUGUGUGGUAGCAAACUAGAUUAAACCGCCGUGUCGGAGCAAUUUUAUGGCGAAUGUAUUCCACGAGUUACUAUUUACAGUUUUGCUUUGUUUAGCGGUUUCAUUUGGGACAAAGGUUAUCUAGCGGGUUCGAGUUUAAAGUUAAUCCAAGCAUGUAAACACAGGCGCUAGCAAAUUCGCGAGCGGCACUCCGGCUCAACAACAGUGGCCCGUUUCUUGUUGUGUUCAUUUCUUUAGCCCCUCGAAUCGAGGAGGGAGCAUUGUGUUUUUCGCCGGCCCCGGCCGACGACCUUCGACCCGCCUGUCGUCGCACGCUAUGUUCCCUUUAGACUCGUCAUGGAACAUCUCGUUCGCUGGUUGCGGCUUCCUGGGCAUCUACCAUGUCGGCGUCGCCAGCUGCCUGCUGGAGCAGGCUCCUUUCCUGGUGCACAACGCCAAGCACAUUUAUGGGGCGUCAGCCGGAGCUCUCACCGCCACCGCGCUGGUCACCGGCGUGUGCCUUGGAGAGGCCGGCGCGAGUAUAAUUGAGGUCGCCAAAGAAGCCAGGAAGCGCUUCCUCGGUCCCAUGCAUCCUUCCUUCAACCUGGUGAAGAUCGUGCGCUUCAUGUUACAGCGCACCCUGCCUGCCGAUUCUCACCAGAUUGCCAACGGGAGAUUGGGAAUCUCUCUGACCAGAGUCACAGAUGGGGAAAAUGUACUUGUAUCUCACUUUAACAACAAGGAGGAGAUUGUGCAGGCAUGUGUUUGCAGUGCCUACAUCCCAGUGUAUUGUGGCAUUAUUCCUCCCACACUGCAAGGAGUGCGAUACGUUGAUGGGGGAAUCUCUGACAACUUGCCUCACUAUGAGCUGAAAAACACCAUCACUGUGUCCCCGUUCUCUGGUGAGAGUGACAUCUGUCCGCGAGACACCUCCACCAACAUCCACGAGCUCCGCUUUACCAACACCAGCAUCCAGUUCACCCUCACCAACCUUUACAGAAUUUCCCGGGCUCUUUUUCCACCGGAUCCAAUGGUUAUGAAAGCCAUGUGCAAACAGGGAUAUAAUGACGCGCUGCACUUCCUGAAGAAAAAUGGACUGCUCAAUUUCAGCGACCCUCACGUAGACAGAUCCUUGCUGGCUAAUGGAGCUGAGCCUGUAGGUGAAGUCGACUAUGUUCACACUGACGCCAAAAGUGUUGGAGAGGAAGAAAAGAAGCAUACGGUCGAAGGAACAUUUACUGUUCAUCCCUCAAUAGAAGAGCACAUCAUUGUACGCCUUCCGCCUACUCUGCACAAAGCCCUAAUUGAGGCCUGCACAGAGAGAAGGAGCCUGGUGCAGUCGCUUAGCAACCUCCUUCCUUUCAGGAUGGCAUCUGCCAUGAUGCUUCCCUACACUCUCCCUUUGGAGUCCGCUAUGUCUUUGACUCUCAGACUUUUAGAGUGGUUGCCAGAUGUCCAGGAGGAUGUCGGGUGGAUUCAAGAGCAGUUGGUGAAAGUCCUUCAGCAUGUUGUGCGGCAGGCUUCCAAAAGCAUUACGCAGCAUGUUUCUGCCCGAUUCUCCUGUCAACUGGAGCUGCACCAUUACCAGUCCCUCCCAUCCCAGAUCCGCUCCACCAGCCUGUACGCCAGCUGGAUUGGUAGCAGCACUCUUUCAGUCCAGGACAUCUUCACGCGUCUAGACCAGUACAAGAGACAGCUGUUCUCUGGAACAUUUUGCGUUAACAUGGAUCUGGAAGGGUCUUUUAACACGGGGCCCAUGUCACUGGAAAAAAACUCUGCUUCCUUCGUCCGUGCAGAAGGAUUCCCAACUCACGCAGCCGGUCUUAACAACUCCAAAGAUGACAUGCGACACUUUGAUUCAGACGUACCACUUUUAAAUCCAGGUGCACAUCAAACAAAUUACUAUGAGUUGUAAAUAUGCUGAUUGAUAUGGUAGCAAUUUACCAUACAUAUUUUUAUAUGUAAUGCAUCCAAUUCAAAAAGGCCCUUAGCUGGAGUCUGCUCCGAAACCCUCAUCGCUGCUGUACAUCUGAAGGUCCGAGGCAUGUUGGUGUUGUCAGGUGCAAACUUGAAUAAUAAGAUUCUGUUAACGUAGAUGACAAGGUAGAAGGAGGUGAGUGUUUGUUUUUUCUGGAAUGUGGUUUGACUUGUACUGAAGCAUAGGUUGCGGCUGGGGUUUGGCCCUAUGCGUGAAAUGUAUCAUAUCGUGCCCCUUCCUAUGUUUUGUACUCUUUUUGAGACUGUACGAAGGAAACUGAAGCCACCACAUAACCUAUUGCGGAAGGUUACUCCAUACCGUUUUAAGCAACUGUCAAUGCAGCAUUAUGAAUUGAAUACCCAGUGUUUUUUGUUUCACGUCCGUAUGUACUGUAACUGAAUGAAUGCUAAUUGACAUACUUUUGUAUGCUAUACAGUAUAAACCAGUCAUGUUUUUCUCCAUAAUCUUGAUCUACUUCGAUUACAACCAUGUACAGUCUUUAGAAACGUGAUGUAGUGCAUGUUGUGCAACAUGAUUUUUUUAACUGCUUUUAAUUAUUCAACCAAAAAAAAUCAACUUAUUGUGUAGAGGAAUUUUAGAGAAAUUUACUGAAUUUCUUUUUGUUAAGAUACCUAUAUUGUCUUGAACUUUUACACUGCAAUAUGAGAAACUCCAACUGUGGGACUGAGCCUCAAAUGCCUUCAACUCAUUUAAUGACUGCUGAGUGCAUUUUAUGUAUAAUUUAAAGGACACAGGGAGAAAUAUGUUGUGAUCAAGAAAUAAACUGGUGGUGUUCACCAUAAACUGC